GUGCGGCGUUCUUCACUGCCGGCUGCGCGUCUUCCGCACCAUUCCUCGGACGGCCACUCGGACCAAGCGGCCGCGCCUCUGCUGCUGCUGUGCUACCUUCAGCCGCUCAAGCCAGCCGGCGUGGUCUGAAGUGGAAAGGGAAGGUCAAUGAGAAAUAUUUGGCCUUAUUGACUCCUGGCGGGGAUAAUACUGGCGACCGUGGAGCAUUCGGGGUAGUAGAGUACAAGGUUGUGAGUUACUCUAAACAUGAGUG